AUGCCUCCAUCGUCGGCCAUCCUGUACGAGAAUGCGGCCGGCACCAUUGUCGUUGUCGACGUGCCCCGGUCGAUUGAGGAGGCUCAGGACGUCGAGCCGGGCGCCGGACGAAGGUGGCGUCUGGUAUCGGCACCACCGCCGACAGAGCCGUUUCCGGAACCGUUGCAUGGCCGCGGACAGGACCGACCGGAUGGACGCGGGUUGUCGGCACAGCUGGCCGAGCUGACGACGCGGGCGGCCGUCGAGGGAGCGCUGGCCGAGCUGAGCGAGAGCGGUUUCCAGGGGCCAUGGUGUCUGGAGAGGAUCGAAGGAGGAGGUGGAGAUGGAGGUGAAGAGAGCAGCGCGUCGAAGCCGUCACCACCGCCAUCCAUACCGCCUGGCGCUCGCUGUCUGGCCGGCACCAUUGCAGCCUAUCGAUCGAUCUUUCUGGCCGAGGCCCCGACCUUUGACCUCGUCGUGCUGGACCCGCCGUGGCCCAACCGGUCAGCCCGUCGACGAAGACGGGGCCAGAAAAAACGGGCUGCCGAUGCCGCCGAUGCUGCCGAUGUUGGCUAUACGACCGUCGCCGACAUGGACGCCAUGCGGGCCCUCCUCGAGGCUGUGCCCGUCGGCGCCAAGCUGGCCAGCUCGCGUGGCACGUCUGCCGGCCUCGUGGCCGUCUGGGUGACGAACAAGUCGGCCUGUAUUGACCUGCUGACGCACCCGCACAACGGCCUGUUCCGCGCCUGGGGCGUUGAUCUCGUCGCCACCUGGACCUGGCUCAAGGUCACGACGGCUGGCGAGCCGGUUGUGUCGGCUGCGUCGCCGUGGCGCAAGCCGUGGGAACGUCUGCUGCUGGCACAGACACGUCCGGUGGCCGGGCUACCCCCAGUCCGCUGGCAUCUCCCGCCCGAUCGCGUCAUCGUCGGCGUGCCCGACGUGCACUCGCGCAAGCCCAACCUGCGCCCGCUCCUCUGCCCGUUCUUGGUUGGCGGCGACACCCAGCGGCCGCUCGUCGGGCUCGAGGUCUUUGCCCGCAACCUGACUGCCGGCUGGUGGGCCUGGGGCGACGAGGCCUUGCUCUUCCAGCAGAGCGCUUGGUGGCGCCAGGACGACGUCGAGGAUGUCGAGGAUGCCGAGAACUCGAUUUCCAGGGCCACCUAG